AUUGUUGCUGGCGAGAGCCUUGUCGAUCUGGAGUACGCAGAUGACAUCGACCUCAUCUUUGAAGACCAUAGCGAAGCACAGGCCCUGUUGAAUAAACUGACCACCAUCAUACCAUCUUUUGGCAUGCGACUUGCACCUUCAAAGUGCAAAGUUCUGCUUCAGAACAUGCCAUCUGCGAAUAUAUCCCUUACAAUUCAAGGAGAACCACUGGAGAUUGUGGAAAACUUUACACACCUCGGUAGUUGUAUUAGCUCUGAUGGAAGUGCGUCUGAUGAAGUCAGUGCAAGAAUCUCAAAGGCUCGAAUCACGUUUGCUAAUUUGCGUCACUUGUGGCGUCAAAAAGGCAUCUCACUGGAUCUUAUGGGUCGUGUGUACCAGGCUACAAUUCUUCCAAGUGCCCUACCAUCAGAUGUGACUUCAGAGUGGAACGAGAUCGCCAACUGCUUGCAGAGCGUUGGGAGUUUCGCCUGUGGCAUGGCACUAUCAGAUCCACUCAGGCACUGGAUAUCAGACCAGUGGCACUGCUUAAAUCUCGGAAACAUUCCAGCCGAUCCUGUCCGUAAUUUGGUCCUACGAAUUAUCAGACGUGGAGUGAAAGCCAAGGAAAUGGAAGAGGCUCAUGAAGCCGGUAAUGGCGGGGGGCUAUCUCAGUUGAUCCGUGCGGCCUGUCUCCGGAAACCACCAAUGAGCGAAACCAUCAAGGAUCAGAAUGGGGUGACCAUCUUGAAUAAAGAAAACUGUCUGGACCGGUGGGCCGAAUACUUUGGACAGCAGUUAUUUUGGCCACCAGCUGCCACUCAUCUGAAACCUACAGCUGACGUAGAAUCCUGGAUGGUGAUGGAAACUAUUACGGCCUCGGAGUCGCGGCGACGAUUUCAAUCUGGGUAUCCUGCCCGGCCUCAUCCUGCGUUCCAAGUAAUGGCCUCCAAGCGAUUACCUGCAGAUACCUGGAAUGGCCCACGCUACCGAAUCGUGGUAGUUGGCGAUGGGGGCGUGGGCAAAUCAGCUUUAACGAUUCAAGUGGGUACAACUAGUUAUUUCCAGCGUAUGUUUCAGGAAGAUCAUGACCCAACAAUUGAGGAUUCAUAUAUACAAAACAAACAAAUAGACAACGAAUGGUGUGUGAUGGACGUGCUGGACACGGCAGGUCAGGAGGAGUUUAGUGCUAUGCGGGAGCACUAUAUGCGCAAAGGUCAGGGGUUCAUCAUCGUCUUCUCCGUGACUGAUCCACACAGUUUUGCCCAAGUUGAACGAUUUCACACUCAGAUCCUCCGGGUCAAGGAUCGGGACACGUUUCCCAUGAUCCUUGCAGCGAAUAAAAUAGAUUUGGUGCAACAGCGCAAAAUCACCGAGGAAGAGGGACUUCAGUUGGCUACAAAGCUUAAGAUUCAGUAUAUGGAAACCAGUGCCAAGGAUCCCCCUGUGAAUGUGGACAGUCUCUUCCACGACCUUGUCCGGAUUAUCAGACGCCAACCCGUUCAACCUCCUCCCACGUAUAGUCGACCGGAUCAGAAGAAAGUUCGUUGUACACUUUUAUAGCGGGAACUAUGUAGGAGAUCAGCUUCCAUCACUGCCUUCACUCCUGUCUGUCUGCCGCCCUCUAUUCGACACUACUUCGUUUGCAUCCCAAGCGGGUCAUGCUACUUCGUACACGGCCCUACACACCCGUCUGUUACCAUGUCUGAUACCACAUGUCGGCCGAUGUCAGCAGUGCCUAUGUGAUGCACUUCUCUUGCGAAUCCGUGUGGAAUACUACCGGUGGUUGUCUUCCUUUUCUCACUGUACUAAGAUGUGCGCACCGUGAAAAUCCCCGUGCCGCUUUUUAUGCACCGAUGUAAGUUUGCGAUAACAUUUUCCUUCGUCGGGUCAGCGACCCAACUUGUGCGCUAGCAAGCUACAACCCUUCAUCCAGUGCAAUGCUCGCGGAAACUGAGCCGGAACAGAGUCCGGCCUACACGCUUUUUCACACAAGCAAUUCUGUCUAUUCCUAAAUCUGCAAACAAUGACUGACUGUAUUCCUUUGUUUCCAAAGUCCCCCAUGGGUUGUUUUCACCACUUCAACAUUAUUCUUCAGCUCUGUGUGAACCAUUCAUUUUCAUGUUCACCCCCUCCCCCCAUCCACAUGUUCUUUAUCAUAUCGCCUCUGGUGUUUUCGUUGAUCCGACCACUCGUAACUCGAUUUAAUUCGUCCUUCAACUUCAGUAUGUUUAUCUAUUUUUGGUACAUUCUUAGCAAACGCAAUACUGUUCACUAUGUAUACUAUUUCCCUUUGAUGAACAAGUUGGGUCAGAGCAGCGUCCAUAUUGAGUGGUCUCCAUAAAUGGCUC